CUGAUCCCUUCCCUUCCUCCAAGCUGGAAGUCCCUUGAUGAUGUCAUAUCCUGACUGUGUUGUGGAGCUGUGUCACAGGAGAAACGCUGACAAUGUAACCUUAUACGAGUAACUAGAAGCUUGGUCCAGUUGAUAGUCUGGUCUGGUGAUAUUUCUGGUAUUGAGUAGGCAAGUUCUAAUAAAGUUAACAUGACGUCUGCGUUCUCCUGUUGUAUGGGAUGGUGUGGGGAUUCGGGUUCUGGCCACGUAACCCUGAAGGAGAUGCCAACUGUCCAGUUGGACACCCAUCACAUGGGCACAGAUGUUGUCAUCGUUAAAAGUGGAAGGAGGAUAUGUGGCACUGGUGGUUGUCUGGCCAACGCACCUCUCCAUCAAAAUAAGAGUUAUUUCGAGUUAAAAAUUCAAUCCUCAGGGGUGUGGGGCGUUGGAGUUGCGACUCAGAAAGCAAAUUUAAACCAAGUGCCCAUGGGAAGGGAUGCCCACAGUCUGGUCCUCCGACAUGAUGGCACUAUAUACCACAAUAAUGAGGAGAAAAACAGACUGCCUGCAAACAGUCUGCCACAGGAAGGAGAUAUAGUGGGCAUCACAUAUGAUCACGUGGAAAUGAACAUUUAUCUGAAUGGCAAGAAUAUGAACUGCCCUGCCUCUGGGAUACGAGGGACCGUCUACCCUUUUGUCUUUGUGGAUGACAGUGCAAUCCUUGACUGCCAGUUCAGUGACUUCUAUCACACUCCUCCAACUGGCUUCCAGAAGAUUUUGUUUGAGCAGCAGAUUUUCUAAGUGUUCCAUGUGCAUUGUGUGAGAUUCCAGACCUUUAGUCAAACAUUCUAGAUUACUCCGCUUCAACCCUCUCUGAUCAAGUGUUACGUCAUUCAUCUGGGAAGGUUGGGAUUCCAGGAUAUAAAAGCCAUGUGUUCCAAUGUUGCUUAAUCCAAUCACAAAUUUCCACCACAGGAUCACUCUAACAGCAAAUAUUUUGUUCUUUCUUUCAACACUGGAGCUACUGUGAUUUUAAGACAACCUUCACAGUAUAAGUGUUGCAAAAGGCUGUCUGUUUCCCAAAGACACACACACACACACACAACGGUCUGUCUCUCCCCAAUGAAUGUGUGUGGCACAGUGUUGUUUUGUUUUGAGACAGCAUGAUGUGUUGCAGUUGUUAUGCUCAUGAUGCCUCAUGUGUGACGGGACUUGCAGUAUUAGCUGCUGAUGUCAUCAUCUGUGACGAUGCUUACGACUGGUGUAGUCAAGCAUUCUCCCUGGGUUCUGACACCUACUGUCAAGGGUGAUUAGAAUGGUGGAAAUUGAAGAGAUUAUUUGGCCAACAAAUGUUAACUUUAAGAGGCAAUCAUUGGUGAACAAAAUAAUUUAACUUAAUUGGACCAUCUUUUUGCAAUGUUUGACACACUGCUUUUGAACAGACAAUAUAUGUUGGAUUUGAAGCUGUUAGUGUUAAGAUGUUAAUUUGUUAUAACUGAUGGUCGCUAUUCAGCACAUAAAGGAAUAAUCUUGGAUCAUGUUCAUUAAUCUUUUAAGGUUAAUCUUUCAAUACAGUAUUCUAUGCUUUAUUGGCUCAAUUGUAAGCCAUGUCUGUGUGUUUAGAUCAUACAGAGGUGUUAAACAUGUGCUUUCUGGCACAAAUAUUUGACUGUAUUUCUUGAUAAUGUUUGGUAUGUAAUCAACACUAAAUAUUUAUGUAUUGUAUUGUUACCGUAUAUUUUCUUGGCUUAAUAAACUGUAAAGACUA